AAAAAAAAAUUUGUUUCUUUCCUAAAUCGUUUAAUAAUGUCGUCAAUCUUUUCACGAAAUAUUCCACCAGAAUGUCUUAAAAACAUAAUCGAGUUCGUUAAAGAAGGACCAAAUCCUAAUUUAUAUUCGUGUAUGUUAGUAAAUCGAGAAUGGAUGAAAAAUUGUUUACCUUUAUUAUGGAAUCGACCGUUUGAUAUAUCAAUACCGGUUCAGAAUGGCACGAAAUUGAUGAACACCUACAUUUCAUGUUUAGAUGAAAUCCAAAAACAAUAUCUAAUUGAUAACGAUAUAUAUUUACGACAAAACCGAACACCGCAAAUAAAUUAUCCGGCAUAUUUACGAGAAUUAGAUUACGAAAUAUUUGAAAGAUAUACACGAUUUUGGUUAAUCGAAAAUAUUUAUUCUGACCGAGCUUCUGAUCUGGAUACAAUUGCAGAAUCAUUGGAAUCAACAGAAAUUGAAUAUACUAAUAAUCAACUAAAAAAAUUAUUGCCAUGCUUAUUUUCAAUGUUUAUUGAAAAGAGUAAUAAUUUAACGCAUUUUAGUUUUUAUUCUGAUGGUGAAAUGUGUUUAGAUAUACCGGAAUUGCCUACUUGGAUGGUUUCCACUGCGACAUAUUCUACAACGAACAACUCUUUAAUAGUGUCGUCAUCCCAUGUUUUGAGAACGUCACCUGCUGCGUCCAGGAACUCGAAUUUUUUGAAAAAUUUAACAACAUUUAAAUGUGAAGUAAACGAUUCCGAAUUACAUUUACCAAAUUUAAUAACGUUCAUGGAAAUUCUAUCUUUACGAUGUAAAAUGUUACAAACCAUAAUUUUUACAUGGAGAAGUUUAUACGAUACAAAUGUUCAUAAUUAUUUAAGAGAGAUAGUUAGACAACAACAACAACUAAGAGUGAUAAGAGUGAAUUAUAGUAAUAUCAACAUUAGUAGAGUGGAUGAAAUAUUUCAACUUGAAAAUAUAAAAAUUCUAAAUACUGACAAUUAGUUACAUUAAAAUUACGGGAAAAUGUUGAUCGACUUUUUGCGGAUCAUAAUUUCAAAGAAUUUGGAUACAUAAAAUGUGAUUAUGAUACAGCAACAUAGCAUAAUUGUAACAUGAUAUGCAUAUAUAUUACUAAGAAAUUCUUUGAAAUAGAAUUAUUGUAGACUAUCAUUCAUAUGUAAAUAACUUUAAAAUAUAAAAGCUAGAAUAAUUCAAUAUUACUAAAAUUAUGUUCUGUUUACCAUGUGAAAAUGUCAGAAUACAAUGAUAUUAAGAUAUUAGAUGUCUUAUCCUAUACUGGCAUAUGAAAAGGUCAUCACACGUGAAUGGAAAGUUCUCAUUUUAUUUUUUGACAGUGUAGUUAAAAUAUUUGAACAAACAUUUGUAUAUCUAUUAUUAGGACAAUUUUUCAAUAGUUUUUUAAGUUUUUGUACAGAAUAAUAAAGUGUUGUGUUUAAUUAUUAUUUUA